CGCAGCAAUGAGCUUCUCAAUCAUUUGAUUUGCAAAAAUUUUCAAUGUGCUUGAAAUUUAAGGGAUUUUCGAGUUUUUACGUGAAUUCUAUUUAAAUUCUUACGAAUAAAAAAUGAUGUCAACCCGUGCGAUAACUUCGAUUUUACUGCGUGGCAGCCAGAUGACCGGCGCGCGCGCUUUCGCCGGCCAGUCAGUGUUGUACAAGGACAAGGAUUCGUGGAGCAAAACGAAGGAUGCGGCGGAAGAUCUAGCAGACAAGGCCAAGUCGACCGGCAAACAGAAGUGGGAGGAAUUCAAGGACGAGUCGAAGGGACAGUCGCUAAGCGGCAAAGUGGAGACAGCCAAGCAGAAGUUGGGCGAGGCCAAGGAUGAGCUGUCGCAAAACUUCAACAAGGAUUCCUCUUCCUCCUCAUGGAACAAGGACGCUAACAAGGACAAGGACCAGUGGAAUAAGAACAAGGACGCGGACAGUAGCAGCAGCAGUCAGUGGAACAAGAGCAAGGAUGCCACCGGUAGUAGCUCUAAUCAGUGGGACAGCGACUACCUGAAGAAGAAUAACGACCCCGCAAACAAGCAGCAAUGGAACAACUCUUCGUACGGCGGUGGCCGAUACGGCCAGGAUUUCCCCAGUCAGACGUCGCGUUCAUCCGGCCAGCAGCAGCAGGACGAUUUUAAGGAUGCGCAGGCGCAGAAGAUCGAUCAAUGGCAGAUGGAAGCGGUGGAAGGUGACCGCAAGUGGCAAAAUCGGCAGAGCAGCGACUCUUCACGGAACACUUGGGAUAGCGCCUCCCCUGAUCAGUACCGGCAAUCAGGCUUCCCCAGCUCCUAUGGAUACCAGUCCUCUGGUUCUGGAUCCGGCUCCUAUUCCGGCUUUCAAGACACCCGUCGCGAUGCCGACCGCAACUGGCGCCGCUUCGAGGAUAACCAGAACGACCUGAGCGGACAGUAUCGCAACCGCGGUGACUUGGACCGGGAUAGCAGCAACCGCUACGGUCAAGCGUACUCCCAGGACCAGCAGUACGGACAACAACAAGGACGCUACGGCAGUGGUCAGCAGUCGUCAUGGGGCCAACAACAGUACCAGCCGCAAUCGUACAGCUCGUCUCAGCAGAGUUGGUUCGAUCCAUACUAUCCCCGCUUCGCGUAUUCCCAGGGUCGCGGAGGAAGUUUCCAGCAGUACGGCGGACAUGGCCAUGAACCAUACUCGGGCAGCCAACAGAGCCAGUAUGGCGGUGGAUGGGGUAACCAGGGAUAUGCACCGUCGCGGGGCGCCGGUUACGGUUCAUCCAGCGGUCAGCAGUGGGAAGGACGCAAUCAGUUCGAUCAGUGGCGUGGACAGACGCCUAGCUAUGGAUCUGGAUACGGUCAGCAAGAAUCCAGCCAACAGUCCAGUUAUUCGCCUUAUGGUUCUGGACAUCGCUGGGACUCCUCCUCGGAUUAUAGCCGCGGGGGCCAGGAUUGGCGCGGACAGUCCGCCAAUCGAUCGGGUUACGGGCAGGAAUCGAGCCAACAGUCCACCUAUUCACCAUAUGGUCAGGGUCACAAAUGGGAUUCAUCGUCGGAUUACGGACGCCAGAAUCAAUAUGAUUCUGGUUACCAAAGUGGGCAAUACGAUAACCAGAGCCGAUGGUCUGGCCGCGACAACCAGGGCUCGUACGGCUUGCAGGGACAGCAGCGCUACGGCCAGGGUCAGGGAUCGUGGGCUCAGUCUUAUGGAGCCGGUGGAUCUGACCGCGCCCAGCAGCAGUACUCGCGCUCGCAGGGCCCCUACGGCGGCUCUUCGUGGCAAGAGGGACGCGAUGCACAGGGCUCCUUCAAUCAGUCCAACGCCUCCGACUGGAACCAGAACCGCCGUGGUGUAGACCAACGUCGCGACGGGGACAAGAAUCAGCAGCAGCAAGAGAACCAAGAUGCCGGCUUGGUGGAUAAGGUGAAAGAUGCGGCGCACAAUGUAGUGGAAAAAGUGGAGGGGAUGGCCUCAUCGGCGUGGGAGAAGAUCAGCGGCAGUGGAUCGGCUGAUAACCAGUUCAAGGAUCGCAAGCCGUUGUAAAACACUGCCGAAUCAGGAUGGGGAUUUCUUUUGAUUUUUUUAACACGUAGUGCUACUUUUAUGUUGGCGGAUAUUUCGCCUGGCCGCGAGGCCGGUUAGCCGAGCGUGUGCUUCUCAUUAGUUGCAUUGAUUGAUUUGAUUCCUCUGUUUUUCUGCGGCAUCGACAGGUUAACGAUGUUGUAUUAAUUUACUGAACAUUGGUUGUACAGGUGUCUUAAGUGAACAGAUCAUCAUUAAAACGCAUACGUUGA